CUCGUCAGACCGGUAAUGGUUAGAAGAGGUGUCGAAACAGAACACAAAAUCCUCUUUCCACUGGUAAAUACAGAAAAGGAAAGGUCUUUCUUUCUUUUUAAAUCAAAUCAUUGUCGAGCUUGUCCUUUGUUUUUCUACUCUUGCUGCUUAUACAAGUUCAAGAGAUCAACUUUUCUUGAACAUAACUUUAUGGAUGACGGUUUUGGAAAGAUCAAGGUGAUUCCAGAUCAUUUUCAAGUCUCAACUCCUCCCAGUGAGGAUUCUCUGCAAAACAGAAGUUCACCUGAUUCACAACCAAGUACCGGAAAUUCUUCGAGGUCCCGUAGCAGUUUAUGGUCUCGGCGAAAAUUGAGAAGGGCUGCAUUCAUGUUGAAUCUGUUCAGUUUACGUGGGUUGCCAUGGAGUGGUGCUGAUGGUCAGGAAAAGGUUCAGUUGACUGCUGCAGAGUUGGAAUCACUAAGAUCGCAACUUGCCGAUAUAGAAGAGAGAGAAGCUCACUUGAAAGCUCAGUUGGAACAUAUCGAUGAAAUUUUGCGGUCAGCACGUCUUUCUGGCUAUUUGUACAUACGAAGUAGGUGGACAGCGUUACCCGGAGAACCUGCUCCUAUUGAUGAUAUUGAUGUUGAUGAUUGGCUUCCUAGAUUCGUUGUUCUUCAUGGCCAAUGUAUAUUCUUCUAUUUAUGCUCCACAGAUUUGAGCCCUCAAGAUUCCACACUUCUGUCCGAUGUUGUUGAAGUUGGUCCUCUGCCAAACUUUAUAAGAGAAGAUGAAGGGACACAAUAUUCCUUUUAUAUAUUAACUCGUCAAGGACUGCGUUACGAGUGUUCACAUGUUUCUGAAGUACAGGUGGACACAUGGUUAUCGGCUUUGCGGACAGACUGCAAGUUGGGUUCUGAUGUUGAAGUCCCAAAUGGUUCCUAACAUGUGUUAGGGGUUCUUCCGCUAACAGUAACUCGGUUAGAGCUUAUGCUACCCAGGUUCCUUAUUUUUCUUGAGGUAUCUAUGUCCGAUUCAAACAUGUGUUCAGUCAAUGAUUCUCCAAACAUUCGAAACAAAUUGAAAAUUACCUGUAUUUGAUACUUGUCCCAAGUUCGGGUGACAUAGGUUAGAACUAGUAUAUCGAACAGGCACCAGGAUCUCACUAACAGUUCUUUUGUUGAUGUACAUAUGAUUGGCAUUUCCAAUAAAUCAGCACCUUCUUGUAUGAA